GGGAGGUUCCCGGAAAAACAGCCGACCGGAAGUGAAGGCCAGAGCCGAGAAGCAGAAGACGAGAGCCGCGGCCGCCGAUGCCAGCAGAAACACACGCGAAAGUACAUUCCCAUCGGUGAGGUCUCUUCCAUCGGCUCUUCCAUCUGCCUGACCUGAGCCUGCCCCCCUCUGCCCAGUCCACCCUCUGCACUUAAACACCUACAAAACUGAACGUAAACUCCGCAGACUCUUCCUCCUCACCUCCUCUUCAUCACCUCUUCCUCUAACCCAGCGCUAUGGCAGGGCGAGGGGGAACCACACGGACCAACGGCGCCGCUCCGGGCAACAAAAUUUGCCAGUUUAAGUUGGUUCUUCUGGGGGAGUCGGCCGUGGGCAAGUCCAGUCUGGUGCUGCGCUUCGUCAAAGGGCAGUUCCACGAGUUUCAGGAGAGCACCAUCGGAGCGGCCUUCCUCACACAGACGGUAUGUUUGGACGAUACAACAGUGAAGUUUGAGAUCUGGGACACGGCCGGGCAGGAGCGCUACCACAGCCUGGCGCCCAUGUACUACAGAGGAGCACAGGCCGCCAUCGUGGUCUAUGACAUCACCAACACAGAUACAUUCACACGUGCAAAGAACUGGGUGAAGGAGCUGCAGAGGCAAGCCAGUCCCAAUAUUGUCAUCGCUCUGGCGGGGAACAAAGCAGAUCUGGCCCAGAAGAGGAACGUAGACUUCCAGGAAGCACAAGCGUACGCCGAUGAUAACAGUUUGCUUUUCAUGGAAACUUCAGCCAAAACUGCUGUGAAUGUCAACGAGAUUUUUAUGGCUAUUGCCAAGAAGCUGCCUAAGAACGAGCCACAAGGGGGCGCCGGAGCGGGGGGCCGUGCUCGAGGCGGAGUGGACCUUCAGGAAAGCGCGCCACAAGGAAGAAGCGGUCAGUGUUGUGGAGGCGGCAACUAACAAAACCACCACAACAACAAACAAAAACCCAACUCGCACCAAUCUACAGCUAUGAUCAACCACACCAGAUGUCUACCAGCUGUCAAACAACCAACUACGCCCCCUAUUGGCCAGACCGAGGCACUGUCCGGGCCCUAAAACACAGCACAAAUUAACUGAGAGAAACCAGAGGCCAGUAAAACGCCCACUGAUGGUUUCCGGUAACUAUAACAACAGACCAAGAAGAAGACCAACGUAACUCAAUCAUGUUUUAAAACUGGGGACUCAACUUGCCGUUCCGUAACCUCGUUUUGAUGGACAGCUUAGGGGAGUUAUAAUUGUCCCAUAUGUGGAAGGAGGAAAAGAUUAGUCAUUACAAAUUAAUGGGCCGCUACUGCUACUACUAGUGUAUUUGUGUAGAAAAAAUAACAUUGAAAAUAUAUGGGUUGGCCCCUUGUCCUUUCUAUUCUUUCUUUGCUGUGCGAUCGUUUCUCAGAUCAUUUUCAUCAAAGACUUUUAACUGGAGGCGCAUGGGCAAUUGAUAUUUGGAAAAGGAGAUUGACAACUUAAAGAUGCACUGUGUAACUUUUCUGUCUGCUUGUCAGUGCGUUGCCUGAAAUGUUCCACGUCAUAGCAUUAAACUUAUUCAACUUAGUUAUUCAAUUACAGGUUUCAGAUUGGUCAAAAAUACCUUAAAAAAAAACAUUCUUGCAUUCUUUCUGUGAUGGGCUGCCUUUUCAGAGAUCUGACUUGUAACUCAGCCUAGCGGUGCCACCAGCUGGUCUACAGAGUUUCAAGUCGCCAUGGAAACAAAAGUUACACAGUGCGUCUUUAACGAACUGAAAACUGUUCCUCCGAUGAAGCUGUGUAGAAUGAAUUAUUACAAUGUUAAUGUUAUCACUAUUAUUUGACACAAGCUAAGUAUGAUUUCUUACCAUGCAGUCCGUAGUCCACUGUCACCGUAAUUUUUAGUAUUAAUGUAAUGUUUUUGAAUCAUCGUUGUACAAAUAAAAAAAAACAUGCAGCAAGUUUUUGUUUUCUCGACCAAAAUCACUCUAUUGUGUAUUGAAAACAGAUUGCUGUAUUUGUAUCAGACUUUUCAAGUUUAUAAUAUUAAUCAAUAGUAGUUCUUAUCGUCAAAAAGCUUCCCAAUCUUGUUUUGUCGACCUUAAGUGAUGGAUUUUUUUUUAUGUCUUAAUUUUUCUGAAGAUCUAUGGUAUUAAAUGCACUGGUUCUGUCUCAUCAUCUUUGUGGAUUAAGAUGUUGUCCUCUGCCUCCUUUUAAUUUUAAGUUUUCUUUUUUCUAUUCUGUCAUUUGUACUCUUUAUGGAGGGAGGGAACGGUCUCCUGUCGGCAUCGUAGCACCUACACGGAUGGGAGCGGGCUGGAACUAAAGAAGAAAGAUGUAAUUUUACCAAUAAAAACAAGGAGAUGGUAAAAUUUG